UAUAGAUGAAGUUUAUGAAAUUGUAAUUGGUAUUCUUUCGACAAAAAAGUAAAAAAAAAAUUGCAGAUUAUAUUUGACGUUUUGAUUUAAAGAUUUGGUCAACAUUGUGGAUUUUAUCUGGAUAUCCUUUGUUCGUUUUAUUAUUAAAUCAACGCUUAAGCUUAGGUAGCUAUCCGAAGAAGUCACAAAAUUGUAUUAGCAUUGGAACUAGAGAAAUCGAGACGUCCAAUCACUUUGAAGAAAAUAAUUUCUUUUGAAUUCUACAACAACCAAAAUUUUGAAGUGAUCUACCGGUACUCCAGAAAAGUAAACUUUUAAUGUAUAAGAUAAAUGAAAUGGCGCAACGUCAACGCAUGUCCGUCAUUUUCAUCGCCUUGGGAUGCAUAUGCGUAGGUCUGGUCGUUGGUUUUAUGAUGGGGAGCAAUUCCGUGCAAAGUUUCUUCCUCAGAUCAGGAUAUAUAAAGGGUGAUUUGAGUGUACCGGAUCAACAACUCGCAAGCUCCAAAUACAGUGCAGCUUCAGUUAUAACUAAUGUACCCGUAAUAGUAAACAGCCAAACGCGCUUAGUUCGGGUAUUCAAUUCGGAACAGGAAAGUGAGCAACUCAAAUCGUUUGCUAAUCAAGCCACAUGCACUCCCCUGCGAGUAUCCAGCACAAUAACGCCUCAAAUAUGUGUGUAUGACGGCAAGACGGAUCAUUUCAUCUCUGCGUCUAUUUUGAGCUCCGGCACAUGGGAAGGCGAACAUAUGAGCAUGCUGCAUAGAAUCUUAGGAGCAAACAAAGGAAUGGAAUUGUUUGACAUAGGUAGCAACAUCGGCGUGUUCACAGUCCUUGCUGCAAAAGUGGGUCAUAGGGUCGUAGCGGUGGAUCCUUUGAAGAAAAAUCUCAUGCUUUUGUCGAGGUCGUUACGUACCGGCGGCUUAACAGAAAACACGACGUUACUUUGGAACGCAGUAGGUGAUAAAGUGGUAAAUAUAACGCUGCAUGAGUACGUCGGCAACGUCGGUGGAACGUAUGUGAAACCUGACGACGGUAAAGCAAACGUCGACGAACUGCAUCGAGCGCUAGCAGUGACGUUAGACCAUCUCAUUCCGUUCUCAAGCAAACGGCCCAUUUUUAUGAAGAUGGAUAUAGAGACAUACGAAUGGAACGCGCUGAAAAGUGGCGAAGAGUUUUUCAACCAAAUGGAUGUGAGAUAUGUCCUGCUAGAAUGGAAUGCUCACAGAAAAAAUGUUGAAAGUCAGAACAAUAUAAUAUCGUUCAUGAGCAGACAUAACAUGCUACCACACAGGUCAGACAAUCCCGAUUCUAGGUUACAAUACACCGAAAAUGCGUCAUGGCCAGGCGACAUUUUCUGGAUAAAGAAAAUGUAAAAGUUUACAUUGUUCCCAUGAAACAUGCUCAUAGAAAGGGCAUCUUAUAUGAAAAUUGUCAUUUGAACGAUGUUACAUUCGCUUAAAAGUGGAUAAUGCUCAUAUUUUUAGAAGAGACCUUUAUGUUCGACAGUAACCUUUAAGCGAGUAAAGCGACACAGAUAUUACACGAAAAACAUCGUUAGUAAAUAAGAAAUUACCGUCCGGACGAGCUAUAUUAUGUUCUAAUAUGACAUGUUACCUUCCCAAUUAAGACUUUACCAUAUGAGCUUAGAUGAUGUGUGCAUUUUGAUCUUUUAGUGGAAUCGUGACCAUUUAGCAAUUGACAGGUCUAGUUCGCGACACAUUUUUCACAUAUGGCGAACAUUGUUGUAAAUUUUAAACUUCAUAAUCAAUAAUGUGGAUGUACGCCCAUUAGAUAUUUCACCUCAAAGUACAUUUUUGUUAUUCAUUUUUUUCCAACUCAAACAUAAGAUUUUUUGCAUUUAACAUAUCUUUAAACUAGAAAUGGCAGAGGCCGACACGUAUCCCCACGCCGCAUAGAUGUUAUACUAAACGGCAAUUUUGGGUGGGCUAGGCCUAUGUUUGUGGGGCCCCGGGUUGGGUAAUAUGGACAUUGAUGGUCGAGAUAGAACAAGUUGUCAUAAGAGAUGUUCAGUAUUAAUUUGAAUUUAAUUGGUGAAUAAAUGAAGAAGUUAUGUGAAAACAAAAUUGUGGGUGGCCAUGGUCUAUGUGGGCGGGGCGCCCAAUGGUUGGUAAUGCAUAGUUGAGAUUGACCGUAUUGUCAUUACGUGAAUCGGUGUAGAAAUGAAGUAUUUAAUGUAAAAUAACCUAAAUAAUGAGAGAAAAUCUCUGACCCGGCCCCAUCCCAUCCCCCAUUACUUUUGACCCAGGGAUCAGUUCAAAAUUCCAAAUAGUGCACUGUCGCACAUAUGCUCAUAGCUGCCACGUAUUUAAGUUUCAAGGUUUUAGUGCUAAUUGUGUAGGAGAAGAUAGUAAUCAGGACGGACAGACGACGGAGAUCAAUGCAAUAUAUUUUAAAAGCGUGGGGAUAAAAAUACACAAAAUGAUACACAUAUGUUCCUCGAAGUGUUUCGAUAUUAAAUAUGGUAGAUUUUAUUAUUUCAAGACUGUUAUUGGUGUGAGAAAAAUAUUUUGAAUCAGUGUCUAUUCCAUUAAUAAUUUAAAGAUGAACAGCAACAAUGGGAUAGCAUGACAUACGUAACUGUAGGCUCGGAUAAAGAUUCGAAUACACCAAGAAAAUAUAAUAAAAUGGAGUGUGUGCUGCCUUAAGGCGGAUGUACUUAUUGAUAAUAAAAUGCGCCCGGCGUGUUUGCAAUAUAUGAAAUUUAUUUGUGUUGUCAAGAUUAUUCCCUCAAGUUUAAUUAUGUUAUACAAAAUAAUGCAAAUGAUCUAGUUGUGGCGAUUCUUUUUCCUGUUUACAUUUAAAGAUAAAAUAGUUUUUCCAAUAGCUCUGCGGAGUUGAUAACGCAUGCAUUAUAUGCAUCAGUUAAGGUGAAAUUACAGAAAUAUAUAAUUGUAAAUUUAGUUCACUUUUUUCCCUUUCUAACUUAUAGAAAAUCAAGUUUGUAUUGUCAUUCUUAUACUUGUAAAUGUAUGUACAUUCCCAGAAUACAUUAAUAUUCUUUUCUCAAUGCAUAUUAUAAAAAUAACAUGAAGCUGAAGAAACAUUUUUGCAUUCAUGGAGGAAAGUAAUGUUUAGUACAAUAUGGAUGUGGUAUUUUAAUGGAAAUUUCUAAUUUUAAGAUCGAUUUUUUAAAGUUGACUAUGUGGCUGGAUUAUUUAGCAUCUUUUUGUAAUUAUGUUUUAUAUAAUAUAUUCAGGCAUGUUUUAUAGUGAUUUAAACACAUGUUUGCAAACGUGUGUAUUAUAUAUUACACUACUAGUAACUGAUGGUGUAUGGGAUAUACACCCUCAGUAAUUUCAUACCAUACGAGGGCGAAGCUCGAGUAUGGUAUGAAAGUACUGAAGGUGUAUAUCCCAUACUCAAUCAGUUACUAACCGUGUAAGGAUUAUAUCUCAACCGACUACUCGAUUACUCGGGUUUUAUGAAAAUUACUCGGAAUGUAUGGAAACAACAUCAUGGGCGCGUGACCGCUCUAAGCCAAUCGGAUAAGAUCAUUUUUGUAGGAGGUGAGAUAUGUUCUUUUAUUUUGUUAAGCAUGUUUUUGUAUUGAAAAUUUUAAUCAUUUUCCUUUAGUUUAUUUUUCCAUUCAA